AUGGACAACACUGCACAAUACCUGAGAGAACUAACAGGGAUUGAGGAUCUCUCCAUGGUCGAGUCUCUAUCUCUUAUUAUAGACGUGUCAACUCAGUCGCUAGAUCAGCUUUCUAUGUUGUUGCCAAACUUGAAAGUCCUCAAUGUAAGCCAUUCCGAAGUCACCAUUUUAGACAUAUCUAGCGCAUUCCCUAAUUUGCGCGAGCUUAUCCUCGAUGAGUGCGAGCUCAGCGACCUUACUGGCAUUUUCAUGCUAUCAAAUUUAAAGAAGUUUAGGGCUCGGUCCAAUUGUAUCGAAGACUUGAGCCCUUUUUUAGAAUGCUUUACCCUUGAGGUGAUUGACCUUUGCCACAACUCUAUCUCAGACUUCAGUGCACUCUAUAGCCUCACUCACCUGCCUCUUGUGAAACUGUUGGUUUCCGACAAUCCUUUCUGGACACGUGCAAGCGAUCAUCAAGCUAUGGAACGCUGCUUACAAGAGCUUUUCCCUCGAGUUAUGCAAUUCUCAUACCGUGAGCAAAGCCCAGAAUCUCUAUAUGUUUCUCUGAGACUUGCAGCACCGACAGCCAAGCUGCUCAAGCAUUCUAAAUAUGCCAUAGGGACCAAUGCACUUUUUAACUCGCCAAGCAGCCUUCUUCGGAGGAAGCGAAAUAUUUCACAAGCGUGCCUUGUGUUUGACAGCCCAUAA